UAUCACAUGUCACGUGAUCGGUGUAUAAACUUCCGGGUUGGUUAUGCAGCGAAGUGACAGUGAUCUACGGCGGUCGACAGGAUGACACGACUGUCCCAAUACUCCGAGGCUUUCUGGGGCACGCACUUCACCAGUACUGCUGGGUUUGAGGCACUAGCACUGCGGAUGAAAGAUGGCCGCCAUAUGUGUAAAGAAUUUGAAGAAUACCUGAAACAAAGGUACGAGGCAGAGAACAGGUACUCGAAAGACUUGCAUAAACUGGAGAGAAACAUGAAGCUGAAAGAUGACAUAGGAGUUCUGGAGAAGUCCUGGAACAAGCUGAAGGAGGAGAUGGAGAAGAUGGUGCAGAUCCACCAGGAUGCAGCUGCCAACUUUCUGAAGCAGAUGGACGACGUCAAGAAGUUCAACGAGGCCCAGACUACAAAAAAGAAAGCUAUGGAAGAAACUGUGAAAAAGUAUCAGAGCAACAAGAACAGCUUGUAUUCACGAUGUAUGAAUAAUCAUAAAAAUUACAAAGACAAGUGUCGAGAGAAGGACAGUGCGUCAGACAACUACAACCUUCAGCGGUCCACUGUCACAACUCAAACCAAGGACCUGGAGAAGGCAAACAAGGCAAAGGCAAGGGCAGAAGAUGAGGCUGUUAAAGCAGAAACAGCAUACAAGAGUUCCUUGGAUGCCCUGGAAAGUGCACGGGAUCUUUGGGAAAAGGAGAUGCAAGCAGCUUGUGAUGUGUUUCAGAAUUUGGAUCAUGAAAGAAUCAAAUUCCUGCGAGAAAAUCUUUGGGUUUCUCUCAACGUUGAUUCCCAGGUUGCCGUGGAGAUUGAUGACUGUUGUGAGUCAGUCCGCCGAGUGUUGGAGAAUUGUUCAAUGGAGAAUGACAUAUGUACAUUUAUUGAGAAAUACCAGACAGGCACUGAAAGGCCAGCAUGUAUCGUGUUUGAGGACUACUACGCUAAUACAGAUACUAUGGGACGUAGAGGCCAAAGGUCAGGGGGGUCAGAGGUCACAGCCACCGAGAAGCAAUGGUAUCACAAUGUCAGAAGAGGAGGGGGAGUGUUCCUGUGUGUUAGUCUGACAGUCACCAGAAGCUGGUGAAAAUAUGAUGACCAAUAGCAGCACAUUUUACUAUAACCAGCGAAUGUGAUGCCUUGUGAGCUGACAGUGGAGGUUGGACAGAAAGUCCACUUUGUGCGACAGAUGACAAAUGGAGUACAAGUUCGUCUUGCGGAAUCUAACAAAUUUGGUAUAAUUCCCAACAGCUGUGUCAAACUAUGACCAUGGA